AUGAGUAAGAAUCCCACAGUUCAAGAGAAAAUGAAAAGUGAACUGACAUCUUAUUCGAUUACACGUGAAACUCAGUUAACACUUGAAACAGUAGAUCAGCUGGAAUACGUCGAUUGUGUACUGAAAGAAACACUUCGUUAUGCACCGAUUGCCGAUGCCACUGGUCGUACAGUUGUAGCGGAAUCUGAUAUUAUCGACGGAGUGAAAGUACAAAAAGGUGAAACAAUACUAAUCGCAAUACAAAAUAUUCAUCGUGAUCCAAGAUAUUGGAAUAUUGAUCCACAACUCUUCUAUCCCGAACGGUUUUUAAACGAAGAUAAAAAUCAUCACCCGUACGCUUUUCUUCCAUUUGGCGCUGGACACCGUCAAUGUGCUGGUCAAGACUUAGCUCGAUUUGAACUGAAAAUAAUUGUUGUUAGAUUGAUGCAAUUUAUUACAUUUGUAGAUGGAGGUGAAAUUGAAAAUUCAGGUGGUUUGUCACAGAGAAUAACGUGUACACCGAAAAAUAUGGCUGUCUAUGUAAAAUUUGAUAAAGACUGA